AUGGCUCUAGCUCCGCACUCUUCCGAAUCCCAGUGGCCGCCUCGUUCUCCCCGCGAGGCUCUCCUGAGCACUCCGGCCGGAAGACAGCGAUACAAACAAGCGUUUCAACGGACCUCGCCUCCGCUUUCGCCUUCGCCAUCGAGAAGGACGGCUGGAGGCAUUGUCGACGACGAACUGGGCGAGGGCGAUGACGACGAGGACGAAGAAACUCUGCAGUUGAAGCUUCAAGAGAUUCAGGCCCGCUUGCGGCUGAAGAAGCUGCAGAACGCAAAGAACAAGGACAGCGGCUCGCUUCAAAGCAGCGUCAACGGGUGGGCUCUGCCGCCGCCGGGUACACGCGCCAGCGAACCAAGUCAAGUGCAGGUCCCCGCAUCUCCUGUUCGAAACGUACAGGCGCAUCAACAGCAGACCUCCCCUAGCAGGGUCCUGCUGGGUAUCGACAAGGGCUUGAAAGCCAAGGAUAUUUCGCUCAAGCGAGCCCCGAGUCAACGAAGCACAAGGGGUUCGGCCAGCUCACACCCCCGAGAGUUCCUUACGAGGUCAAGGUCCACAAACCUCCCAUCCACGUCUUCCUUUUCCUCGGCACCAUCCGAAGCGCUGAAAUCGCAGAGCUUCAACGAGAGGCUGACACUGUCGAGAACAGAGGAAGCAAUCCGGGCCCAGAGACAGGAAAGGAUCCAACAGGUGAGAACGAAUGCCUUUGGCAUAGGAAAACAAGAAAUGGAGCAGUUCAAGAGGACGGCUAUCGAGAUCCCAGACGAGCCCUUGAAGAAACCGCCCACUUUCUCCCGUGAUGAGAUUUUGUCGCAGGACAAUUCUACGCUCGGGCACUUGACGAGGAGCAAGACGACCCCAGCUUUUCGCUCGCAGCCACGCGCGGGCUCGGGCGAAUCCUAUUCCCUUGCCCAGAGUGCAUCACAAGUCGCAGCGCCGACAGCAGUCGAAGACGGCGAGAAAGAAUCCCCAUCAUUUGAACCUUACUCGUGCUUUCACCUCGCACGGCGCAUUCUCCCUCACCGAGUGCUGGCGCGACACGUGUCCGGCAUGAAGUCGCUGAGCAUCAAGGAGCUCCUGAGGGACGUCAAGUCGCCUGAUUACUCGCUGCCGGACGUCGAGCAGGACAUUGUUGUCUUUGCCAUUGUUGCAAAGAAGUCUGAGCCACGCGCACACAAGCCAUCCGCCGCAAAGAACGGAUCACAGGGAGAGGAGCGCGGCAAAUACAUGGUCAUGACCCUCGUUGACCUAGACUACGAGCUCGAUCUAUUCCUGUUCAAUUCUGGCUUCACGGCGUUCUGGAAACUAACCGAAGGGACCGUCGUGGCGAUCCUCAAUCCUGGUGUCAUGCCGCCUCCGCCGGGGCGGCAAGACACGGGACGAUUUAGUCUGGUCAUCAACUCAGACGCCGACACGAUUCUCGAGAUUGGGUCGGCCCGCGACAUGGGAUUCUGCCAGUCCGUCAAGAAGGACGGCGCUCCAUGCGGCUCAUGGGUCAACAAGAAAAGGACACAGUUUUGUGAGUUUCACUCCAACGAGGCCGUCCGCAAGCAGCGCUCGAAGCGACUGGAGGUCAACUCGAGUGGAUUCGGCGGCUGGGAUGGUCGGAAGAAAGGGUCCAAGAAAAAGGGCUGGGCCAAGAAUAAAGACUGGGAGGACUGGAAGAAAGACGGGCCAGACAACUACGACAGGGAGACGGGGACGCAGUGGUUUGCAUCGCGGACAUAUAGCGCCGCGGAGCUCAUCGACGGCAAGGACCGAGGACCCGCCGACAAGAAGGAGAAGAGCGAAUUUCUCAAGAGAAGCCUGGAGGCAAAGGAGAAGGAGCGCGAGAUGAUGAAGAAGCUCGGUCGGGUGGGCAACGCCGCGGGAAAGGAGUACAUGCAACGCGCCGGGCAGAAGACGAGCGGCAAAUCUCCCCACAACAGCCUUGGCACAGACGCCUCGGACCAGGCUUCGGGGGCCGGCGGCGAGCCGGAUGAAACGGGAAAGGCGAACGCAAUCUCCCUAGGGUUGCAGAGAGGCAAAGACCGAAGGAUUCACCUGAGCCCCAUCAAGCGCAAGCGGGCGGAGAGCUCGCAGGCCGGCUCGACGGCGGGCAGCGCCAAGUCGUCGGGCUUUGGCUGGGGCAGCAGCUUGAAGGACAAGCUGUCGAGAAUGAAGGAGGGGGAGGAGCUGCGGCCGGGGGGGCGGUCACCGGUGCGCAAGAAGACGAGAUUUGUGACGGACAAGGGCAUCCGCGAGGCUGGGCGGGAGAGCCUCGGGGUGGAGCUACCCGGCGGCCGGGUGUCGGUCGAAGACGACGAUGACGAUGAACUGAUUAUUGUUAAAUAG